AUGCAGGUAUUCACCGAGACUAUCAUCCUGAUGCUUCUUGGUGGCCCGGACGGCAUCGCUUCAACACGCAUGCCAAUUCCGUCUACUUCAUGGCAUCACACAAGCGAUAAUCCUGCUGCUAUCGCAACGCAUCUUGAAGCAACAAUUAUCAACGCUUCCACUGGGCAGCCUGUAUCGGCAUCGCCGCCCCUGGUCCUCGGUCCAGCCUGGCAGGCACCAUCAGCAUCGACAGCCGUCAUCACGGCAGCUAUAAAACCACCGGAUCUGCGCCGCUCGCUUCAUGGGCUCGGUGGCUGUACCGCUAGAGUGUCCACUGACCCGUUGCUAUUCGCCAUGCAGGUAUUCACCGAGACUAUCAUCCUGAUUCUUCUUGGUGGCCCGGACGGCAUCGCUUCAACACGCAUGCCAAUUCCAUACGCGGCCAAUUUUUUCGCUAAAAGAACGAGUAACUACCUCUUAGUACAGCUGCCGAGCCCCCGGUGCUUGUUUUCCUUGGUUGAUGAAUGUAUUGCUGUUGUGCAUUUCCUGCUGCUGCUCUCGGGUGAUAUUGAACAAAAUCCUGGACCUGACUCAGCAGCGGUACUGGCUGAACUUAAGAAACUAUCUUCCGGACAAUCUAAACUUCUCUCUGAAGUACAGGAUCUAAAAUGUCAGCUACUAGCGACCAAUGCCACCCUGUCUGAACUCAGUAAGCGCCUCACAAACGUGGAAACAAAUUGCCAGCAAAUUGAACCCUUGAGGCAGCAGCUCGGAACAGUGCAAACCGACACCGCUGAAACGGCUAGUCGAGUUUGCAAUCUUGAAACCCGCCUUGAUGAGGCGGAAAACCGCUCUCGACGUAAUAAUUUGAUCUUUUAUGGCAUUAGUGAUACUAACAAAUCUGAAUCAUUUGCUCAGUCUGAAGAAUUGGUAAUUCGGCUGUGCUCCGAGCAAUUGAACUUUUCCUUGGAGCCAAAGGAAAUUGAGCGAGCACAUCGCCUUGGUCGAUACUGUCCUGGUCGUAACCGGCCUAUUAUUGUCAAGCUCUCAUUUUUUAAAACCAAGGAAGCCAUCUUGUCAAACGGCCGUAGGUUUAAAAACACGCCUUACAGUGUGGGCGAAGACUUUUCCAAGAAAGUGCAGAACGCGCGCAAACACCUUGUCGCUUUUGCGAAAAGCAAGGCAGUUCCUUUUUCCCUUCACUACAAAACAUUAUUGAUUGGAUCAAAGCGCUAUACUUUUGAUGAGACGUCCCAAUCCGUUAAAGAAUCAUAG